AUGACUGUGGUGGAGAACCACGAAGAGACUGUGGCCAUUACUCCUUUGUUACAAGAUGCUGCAGACUUGGAAUCAGCAGACCAGGAGUGCAGCGAGAGGGUGGUCAUAAACAUCUCAGGUCUGCGUUUUGAGACGCAAUUAAAAACCCUCUCUCGCUUUCCGACCACGCUUUUGGGAGAUCCACGGAAAAGGAUGCGUUUCUUUGAUCCGCUGAGAAAUGAAUACUUCUUUGACAGGAACAGGCCGAGCUUCGAUGCUAUCCUUUAUUAUUACCAGUCUGGAGGAAGGCUUCGGAGGCCCGUGAGUGUACCUGUGGAUAUUUUCCUGGAAGAAAUGAAGUUUUAUGAACUUGAGCAAGAGACCGUAGAGCUUUUCAAAGAGGACGAGGGCUUGGCUAGGGAGGAGGAUCGACCACUGCCUACCAACGAGUUUCAGCGCCAGUUGUGGCUCCUGUUUGAGUAUCCAGAGAGUUCAGGACCUGCACGGAUGAUUGCCAUUGUAUCUGUUAUGGUUAUUUUGAUAUCUAUUGUUAUAUUCUGCUUAGAGACUUUACCCGAGUUUAGAGAGGUCACCCCAGUGAACGACAUCCAGGCCAAUGGAACUGCGCACGGCAAUGCACCCAGUCCAUUCACAGACCCGUUUUUCGUGGUGGAAACACUUUGCAUUGUGUGGUUCUCUUUUGAAUUCACCAUGAGGUUUCUGUCGUGUCCCAGUAAACCAGCUUUUUUCAAAAACAUAAUGAACCUGAUCGAUGUUAUAGCUAUAGCUCCAUAUUUCAUCACCCUGGGCCUUGAUCUCGCAGAGCAUCAGGGAAGCAGUCAGCAGGCCGCGUCUCUGGCCAUACUGAGGGUCAUCCGUCUGGUCCGUGUUUUCAGGAUUUUUAAACUUUCCAGACACUCAAAGGGUCUGCAGAUUCUCGGACAAACGCUUCAUGCGAGCCUCAGAGAGCUGGGACUGCUUAUAUUUUUCCUACUUAUUGGAGUUAUUUUAUUCUCCAGUUCGGUUUAUUUUGCUGAAGCAGAUGACUCCGAAUCUCGAUUUUCAAGUAUACCUGAUGCGUUUUGGUGGGCCGUGGUGACAAUGACCACAGUUGGUUAUGGAGAUAUGUAUCCCUCCACUAUUGGGGGUAAAUUCGUCGGAUCCUUGUGCGCAAUCGCCGGAGUGCUAACCAUAGCACUACCUGUUCCUGUAAUCGUGUCCAAUUUCAAUUAUUUCUACCACAGAGAGAACGAACAGGAAGAAAACGUCCAGUAUGUGCACGUGACUUGCGGACAUCAGCCCUCAUUUGGCGAAAGUGAUUCCAUCAAAAGUAACCAGUCGCUCUCCAAAACCGAGUCCUAUCAGGAAAGCGACGACUUAGAAACUCUGACACAUGUGACUCCAGUGGAGACAUACACAGGGAAGCUGACGGACGUAUAAAGAAGACCUUUUGUGUUCAUUUCUGGAAGCAGACGAGUAAGUGAAGCUUGUUGUUCCCUCAGAGUCACAACAAGACACAAGCGUGACACUCUCUUAUUCUCCAAAAUACUGGAUGGACUAUGCAUAGCCAGUGUUGUAACCUACAGAGACAUUACAGUGGAAACGCAUGGGAAAGGUUCAGUCUUGCGUAAUGGAUUCUAUAUUUAUGUGCACAAAACAUUCUUUUGUGUACGCUUUAUGAAUGACCAUGCUUUCUUUGUAUAAAGG